UUCAAUCGGUGACGUCACUCUCUUUGAGACCUUGAACUAGUGGUUCCCCAUGCUCUGCAAGGCCCGCGGCUUUUGUGGAGCGAUGGGUAACGAUGCUUCGUGGGUGACUGGUUCGCGCCCGGCGAGGGGACGGAUUAAAGUUAUACUGUUACACAAGGCUAUAUAAAAACAAACAAUCAAAUAUAACACAUGCACCAAUAACUGGGAAGAAUUAACAUUUCAUGGAAAAUCGUUAAAAAAAAACUGAACUCUGCUGCAGCCUGUUAUUUAGGCCAGGGUUCCGCAGACUCAGAUUUAGUCCACUUGAACUGGCAUUAAUUCAGAGAGAUUUUGCGCCAGCGCCAUAAUGGCUCAAAUUGCGCGAUUCGACCUCUAGCAGCAGUGUUUCAAGUAGUAACUAGUUAAUUGUUUACGAUGAACACGAUAUUUACUCCACCAUUGUACAUACAGCGAUACGAAUUUGUCAUCGACUUCGUCAAAAAGAACAAACCCAAAAAGGUGGUAGACUUGGGAUGCAAUGACUGCACUCUCCUUAGGAAGCUGAAGUUUCACAAAGAAAUUGAACUGCUUGCGGGACUGGACAUUGACUGUGCAGUUAUCAGGGCUAAAAUGUAUGAACUGGCACCGAUUCCAACUGACUACCUGCAGCCAGGUGAUCAUCCCCUGACCAUUAAGCUGUACCAGGGUUCAGUCACCGAGAGGGAUCCCCGCACCAAAGGAUUUGAUCUGGUGACGAGUAUUGAGCUCAUUGAGCACCUACAGCUUGAGGAUGUGGAUAGGUUCACUGAGGUUGUAUUUGGCUACAUGGCCCCAGUAGCAGCAAUCAUUAGCACUCCAAACGCUGACUUCAACCCCCUGCUCCCCGGGCUGACAGGGUUUAGACACUACGACCACAAAUUUGAAUGGACUAAAGUAGAGUUUCAGACCUGGGCUCUGAAGGUGUGCAAAGAGUUUGGUUAUGUGGUGGCGUUUACAGGUGUAGGACAGAUACCGGCUCAGGAGGAGAGCAUCGGGUUCUGCUCUCAAAUCGGAGUGUUUCAGAUAGACAGGUCAGGAGGUGACGCACCACGUCUGCAAAAUAAUGUCGCAGAGGAGCAUCUUCCUUACAGAGUGUUAUACAACGUGGUGUACCCAAGCCUGUGUGACAGCAAUAUCUUCCAGAGGACUCUGGUGAAUGAGGUCCUGUACUGGGCUGAGACCCUGAAGAGAGAGUGGCUGGAGGAGAUACGUGGAGUGGGGGAUGAAGAAUCAGAACAGACAGAUGAAGAGGGUUGUUCGAGAGAAGGAAUGGACAGGGAGGAGAGUCAGACAGGUGAAGUGGAGCGAGUGGAGGCAGGUGGUAGAGGGUUUGAGGUAGAGAAUGAGGAGGUGGGGGGAGAGGGUAGAACAGACAUGGGACAGGAGGAGCCCUACAGAGAAGGUCAGUCUGUGUGUGUCCCCUUGGUCAGGUUGUGCUCCUGCCCCAGAGUGCAAGCUCUGAGUGGGACAGUCCAGCGUCUCACAAAGUUCCUACUGGAGAACUCUAGAGUACAGUUAACCAACGAUGGCACUGCCGUGGUGUUGGUGGACAGCGAUGAUGAAGAUUUGGAGUGGGAUGAGAACUGUGAUAACACAGGGACAGGUCCGUUCUUUGUCAGUAGUGUGGAGAACGAGGACUGGGAGACCGAGCUUGGUCAGUAGCAUGGAGAACAAGGACUGGGAGACCGAGCUUGGAUGACCUUUGUCAUAUAAGGAGUGUAUUCUUUGAUGUACUAGUUUUCAUUUUCUUUUACCCUGGCAAUAUACAGUUCUAGAACUAGGGGCCAUCAGAUAAGAUUCAACCAUAUCCUUAAAUGAAGAAGGAACAUGUUCCUAAUAAAAUGUGAUGAGAAUAUAGUCAUUGCCUGGUUCACACAAUCAACAUUUUGAACCGUUUUAAUCAACAGUGCAUGGUACACAGGAAAAGCAUACAGUACACCUGGUAAGGAAGCAAAUGUUGGUCAAAAAGACAGGAACAUUGGACACUGUCGACACUGACAGAAAACGUCACUUUUACAGGAGGAUAUGGGUUACAGCUCCUUAAUACACACAGCUUCACAGAAGAGAAAAGGCAACCAUGUUUGUUACAUGUUAGGUACCGACUGAGCUGGGAAACAGGAACAUAUGCUGCCUGUCUAACAUCUGUCUACUGGAACUGAUUUUACUGAAGGAAGGUAGUUAACAGGCUUAUUUCUAUUCAAGAGGAAUAGUGAAUGGUAAUACAAGUGCCUUUCUAAAGGUU